AUGGCUUUCAAGAAUUUGGUUUUCCUUUCCAUAAUGAUACUGAUCGCGUCCAUCAUGAGUGCAAGCAAUGCAGCAACUGCUGCUACUAGGAAACUUUCUGCAGGGAUCAAAACGAGCGGUGAAGGCGAAGGCGAAGGCGGCCUAGUGGAAUGCGGAAAUGCGUUGGUGGAAGUGAAAUCUUGCUCGCAAGAGAUUGUUGUGUAUUUCCUUAAUGGCAGGACUGAUAUUGGCCCGGACUGUUGCAAAGCCAUCACCACCAUUACGCGUCGCUGCUGGCCUGCAAUGCUUACUUCCCUUGGCUUCACUGCAGAACAAGGUGACAUCUUACGAGGCUACUGCGAUGCCGAGGCUACUACUGUGAUUACUACUACUGCUCCUGCUGCAGCGCCACUUGUUCCUUAA